UCUCUUAACCUUACUUUCCACUCUGUCUCGUGUCCCGCAAUAAGUCGGCACUUUUCGAUCCAAACAUUUCUCCGCGCAGGGCAAAUAAAAUUCCCACUGUCACAUUUACAAGCAACCCUAUCUCUCCCUGAUGUAAUGCUUCCGCCAUCAUCUUCUUCUCCAUUCUCUCUCUAUCUCUUAUUCCGUCUCUGCUGCAACUGCUAUUGCAGAUCGCAGGAGAGCUCAUUCAUUAAUGGAGUGCAAAAUUUGAAAGGAAGAUGGAAUGCAUACUUGGGAAGAAUGAAGUUGAUAUUAUCGAGUAGAGUGAACAAGCUUAAUUGAAAAGGAGGAAAAAGCUUUCAAUUAAUCAUGUU